AUGAUAUACGCAUCAAACAUCACAUCUAAUAGCCAGCAGAUUCUCAACCCCGCCACGCCCACGGCGUACCUUCGUCCUGACGAGGCAUUCCAGGUUGUAAUCACAACAUAUGUCAUAGUUGCUUCCUGUGGGGUUUUCAUCUGGGAUGUCAUCACUAACUUGGGGAACGACUACACGCUGGUGUCAAAAUAUCCUGUGAGGUUUCCGACGAUUGUAUACGUGCUAUCCAGAUUGGCUACGUUUGGAUAUGUCCUUGCAGCAACAAUAUACCAAACCGCGCCAGUGGGAAACUGCGCUCGGUUUGAGAUGGCGUUGAACGCCUUCAACACACUCGCAAUUCCUAUCACAUCCAUCCUUUUCUUCAUCCGUGUGAGGGCCAUCUAUGAAAACGAGAGGUAUAUCUCCAUCUUCUUUUCGAUCAUGUGGCUAGCUGUCUUCGCCGGGAGUUUGUCAACAACGUUCGGUGUCACUGGAAUAUCGAUUGGCCCUACCCGCUACUGCAUGAUCAGCAAAAUGUCGCCUUACGUCGUCGCUGCCGGGGUGGUUCCCCUCGUGAACGACACCCUUAUAUUCUUUGCAAUAUCUUGGCGCUUGACAAAAAACUCUCUGCACCAUCUGGAUUUCCAAGUCGGGUUCCGGGCCAUUGUGUUUGGUGACUACAUGCCAGUAUUCUCGAGGUCGUUGCUGCAGGACGGACAGAAGUAUUACUUGACAACUGUUUCUUGUGGCCUUGUAGCAGUAGUUCUGCUCACUGCCAGCACUAUUCCUGUUACAUAUAGAACAAUACUGAUUGUUCCUAAUUGCAUUCUCACAAACAUUAUGGCUUGUGGAGUUUUUAGGAGGACAAAAUUCACACAUUUAACAGAGGGUAGUGGGACACCAACCUCUCUUUCAUUUCUUGUAUAG